AUGACAGAAGACGAUAAGCGUGAUAUUGACGCUUCCACAGAGCCUGUGGCAAAAAAGGCACGCACAGAUAACUACGACAAAGGCCUUGCGCCUAUCAAGCCGGAGUUUGUGGUGGAAAGUGUCAAAGUGGAAGAGGCUUACGAUGAUGAGGAAGCUGAAGGUGGAGACAGAGGCCAACAGGAAGGCUCCAAGCGCUCGAAAAAGAAGCGUGGACAAAACAAAAAGAGAGAUCUUAAGCAGCAGAAGGAGGAUGUACGUUUGUGCUCGAGUUUGGUGGAUCCUCUGGACCCCAAAGAGUGCAAAUUUGGACCAGACAAGUGUAGGAACACUCACGACGUGACAUACUAUCUUCUGACGAAACCAGACGACAUCGAGGGCAAAUGUCCCGUUCAAGUGGCUAUCGGUUACUGCCCUGCUGGUUUGAAGUGCCGUUGGUUGAGCAGCCACUACAACAAAGAUACAAAUGAGCUUCUCAAGGAGGAACCCAAGACAGACAACUACGAGCUCAACAAGAUCUCUGCGGACCACCGGAUGGACCUUCAGAAGCAUCGCUACAUUUUUGAAAAAGCCGACGCCUACAACAAGUACUUGGACUCGUUGGUCAAGAACGAUGCCAAUGCAAAGAAGCAGGAGGAGGUUAAGGACAAUGCUGCUUCAUACGUUGAGCCUCCUUUCAAGCCAGCCGAGAAAAAGAGACUCAACUUUGACAGAGCCAAGAUCGUGUCGCCACUCACCACGGUAGGAAACCUUCCAUACCGUCGUUUGAUGAAGACUCUUGGUGCAGACGUCACCUACAGUGAAAUGGCGCUUUCACUUCCUCUUCUUCAGGGCACCAAGCCAGAAUGGGCCUUGCCUAAAGCGCAUGUUUCUGAAUACCCCGGUUUUGGUGUUCAGCUUGCUGCCAAUCACCACCAACAAGCCUCCAAGGCUGCUGAGGCCGUAUACAACGAGGCCUCUCAUGUUUCCGAACUCAACUUGAACUGUGGCUGCCCUAUUGACCUCCUCUACCGCCAGGGCCAGGGAUCGGCGCUUUUGGACCAACCAGCCAAGCUUGUUCGUAUUCUCAACGGUAUGAAUGCUUGUUCUGGCGAUAUUCCAGUCACAUUCAAAAUCAGAACAGGAACCAAAGACAAUAAAAACACCGCAAUCUCCUUGGUCAACAGAGUGUUGACCGAGACCGACGUCGCUGCAGUGACGUUGCAUGGCCGCUCAAGACAGCAAAGAUACACCAGAGAGGCCGAUUGGGGCUACGUCGGCGAGGUUGCAAGAUCGGUGAAGGAGUUGAAUGAAAAGAAGCAGGAAAAUAAGGAUUUGACGGAUACUCAACCAACAUGGUUUAUCGGAAACGGCGACUGCUUUACCCAUGAACAAUGGUACGAGGCUGUGAACACCGAAGGCAUUGAUUCUGUAAUGGUUGCAAGAGGUGCACUUAUCAAGCCCUGGAUUUUCGAGGAGAUUGAAGCUCAGCAGUACCUUGAUAAACUGGCCACAGAGCGUCUUGAGCAUCUUCGUACUUUUGCCAACUUUGCCGUGGAACACUGGGGCUCCGAUGAGUACGGUAUUGAGGUUGCUAGACGUUUCCUUUGUGAGUUCAUUGGCUUCACACACAGAUACAUCCCCGUGGGGAUUUUGGAGAAACUCCCGCCAAAGUUGAACCAAAGACCACCAAAGUGGCGUGGCAGAAACGAAUUGGAGACGCUUCUUGGAUCCACUGACUACAAGGACUGGAUCAAGAUUACAGAGAUGUUCCUUGGAAAAGCCUCGCCAAAUUUUCAAUUCGUGCCUAAGCACAAGAGCAACUCAUACUAA